AUGGCAGAAAAAAGAAAAACUAAAAAGCGCAAAGAGGAGUUUGGUGAACCACCUGAGUCCGAAAAAGCGACGAGUGAAGAGUACGCGGUCGCGAAAUGGUUGAAGGCGAACGUUCCCACAAAGAAGACAAAAUUCCUAAAUCAUCACGUCGAGUAUUUCACUGGAGCAAAAGCAGUCGAUGCUCUGCUAACAUCAAAAUGGGCAACCGGCAAAAACCCACUGUUCACAAACCGCCUCGAUGUAACAGACUUCCUGCAUCAGAUGUUGUUACACAAGUUGUUCCACAGGGCUAAAAAGGUUCCUGUGAGUGAACAGGAGUUAAGAGGAAAAUCGAAGAAGAAGGAUAUAGAGAAGUCAAGCAAAAGCGGAGAUGAAAAGGAUGGUGAUAAAGCCAGUGCUUCUGAGAGCAAGGAUAAAGACAACAAAGAGAAAGAGAAGAAGAAACGCAAGAUUCGUCUCGAGAUGCAUCUAGAGCAGGUGUUCCUUGACAGUCUGGACGCAUACGUUUGGAUCUACGACCCCAUGCCCUGGUACUAUUGGCUCUGUGGUGCUCUAGUUGUCUUCGGAACUAUCGGUGUCUGCAUGUUCCCGUUGUGGCCUGCUACCGUCAGAAAGGGUGUAUACUACUUAAGUAUUGCGGCCGCCGCGUUCCUAGUGAUGAUCAUCGUGCUGGCGGUGCUGCGAGUGGUCGUAUUCUGUCUCGUAUGGAUUCUGACCCUUACCAGGCACCAUCUCUGGCUCUUGCCCAAUCUGACUGAAGAUGUGGGGUUCUUCGCUUCAUUCUGGCCAUUGUAUAAGUACGAAUACCGCGGCCCCGGAUCAGAGAGCGACAAGAAGAGUAAGAAGAAACGCAAGAAAGAGAAGCAGUCAGACGACGAAGCGGAGGAGAAGAGCCCGCUGGUGCAGGCGGAGACGCGGCAAGAGGUUAGCGAGCCCGUCAUUGAGCAAGCGGAUAGUGGGGAUUUGAAAGAGGAGCCGCCAGAGACCGAAACGGCUCAGCAAGUAGCGGAGAAACAUUCAGAAUCAGACACAGACAACAGCCAGCGGUCAUCUACAGACAGGGACUUUGAAAUCGUAGAAACGGCUGACUUAGAGGAGACGCGCACUUAG